CCUGGGAACUGAGGGACAACAAAUAGCUUCAGAGAGAUUGGGGCUGGGGUGGGGACCCUCCACACCAGGGAUGGCACACAUGGAGGCCAAUCAGGCUCUCCCACCUGUCACCCUGGCCCUUCUUUGCUUGGACGGCGUCUUCCUCUCCUCCGCCGAGAAUGACUUUGUGCACCGCAUCCAGGAGGAGCUGGACCGCUUUCUGCUGCAGAAGCAGCUGUCAAAGGUACUUCUUUUCCCCCCACUCUCCAGUCGCCUCCGGUACCUGAUCCACAGGACAGCAGAGAAUUUUGAUCUUCUGAGCAGCUUCUCUGUUGGGGAGGGCUGGAGGAGAAGGACAGUCAUCUGUCACUUGGAUAUCAGGUUACCCAGUUCAGAUGGACUCUCUGGCCCCUGCCACCCUCCUGCCUCCCAGCCUAGCAAGCACCGAGGACCUCGGCCCACCUCAAACCAAGGAGCACCUGCUGGUCCUCGGGGGGCGCGGGCUGGCCGGUGGCAUCGUGGACGCAAACCAGACCAGGCUUUGUAUGUGCCCCGAGUACUGCGCAGGCAAGAAGAAUGGGUACCACCCUCUACCCAAGGGCUCAAGGGAGAUGCUCCAGCUGGUGGGCUCCUGGAAGAGCCUGGAAAUGUUGGUGCUGAGGACCUCAACUCUGAUCAGGACCUCCCUGUGUUGACAACUCAGGCACCUGAGGACCUACAGGGCCCAGACCAACGCUGUGACAAUGAACAGCUACUGGACCUAGUUGGCAUUGAGUCCCCACAGCCCGAGAGCCACUCAGGGACAGGACAUGGGUUGGAGAUGGCCACACAACUUGGGUCCAGUCUGAGGCUGGACUCAGAAGAGGCGAAUGGGAGUGAGGUGGAGAAGAGCCUGGCAGAGGAGGAAGAAGCAGAGUUGGAAGAAUUGGGGCUUGGCAGCUGCUCCGAGGAUGAUUACAGUGAGCUGCUACAGGAGAUAACAGACAACCUGACUGAGAAGGAGAUUCAGGUAGAGAAGAUCCAUGUGGACACGUCCUCCUUCAUGGAGGAGCUGCCUGGAGAAAAGGAUUUUGCCCACGUGGUGGAGAUCUACGACUUUGAGCCGACACUCAAGACUGAGGACCUGCUGGCAGCAUUUUCCGAGUUCCAAGAGAAGGGGCUCAAGAUUCAGUGGGUAGAUGACACGCACGCGCUCGGUGUCUUUCCCUGCCUGGCCUCAGCCGCUGAAGCCCUGACCAAGGAUUUCUCUGUGCUCAAGAUCCGGCCCCUUACGCAGGGAACCAAGCAGUCAAAGCUGAAAGCCUUGCAGAGGCCAAAGCUCCUGCGUCUGGCGAAGGCGAGACCACAGACAAAUACAGCGGUGGCCAGGAGGCUGGUGGCCCGGGCCCUGGGGCUCCAACACAAGAAGAAAGAGCGGCCUGCGGUCGAGUCUUCUACCUCCCUGAGGCCCUGAGAGGCCCAGCAAGCCUGGAUCGGUGGCCCCAGGACGAAGCUGGUGCGCCAACACCACAAGCCUUUAUAGACACCGGAACAGCCCUGCACUAUUUGUCAGGGUGUCCUUGUUGGGUGUGGUGGGCUUUAGUUUGGUCUAGUUCCGGAAGCUGAGAAAAAAUAAAAACCCGACAGUUGUUUCCAAA